AGUCCCGGUGAGCGGGAGAGGCCCCGGUGUUCCCGGCAGAGCCUCCCGUCUCCUGCAGUGCCCCACGGGACACACGGCAGCCGCGUUACCAACCUUCCACCGAUCCCAGAGCCGGAAUCGGGGCUUCCCGAGCGGCUCGUGGCUCGCAGCAACGGCAGCUGCGGCGGGAGGCACCGACUCAUCCACGGCCUUGGCUGCGGUUCUGGCCACCACGAAGAAGGAAGAACAGGAAUCCCCAUCCCUGGCACCGAAUCCUUAUUCCCGGCAUCGAAGCCACCACCACAGGCAGGAGCUGCCUGAGUCGGUGCAGGAUGGGGCGCCGCGGUGCUGGCAUGGAAGAGCAGCUGCCGAGUGCUAUUCUUUUGGAGCCGCGGCUCCCAGGGCUCCAAUCCCAAAGGGAAGCUCCGUUGGCAGCGCCAGCCCUGUUCCCCGAGCUGCGGGCGUUGUGCCAGGCCGGAUCCCUCGAAUCCAUGUGGGAGUCGCUGUCUGUGCCGGCUCAGCACCGGAGCAGAGCCUGGAGCCCUCCUGGGUGGUCUUGAGUGUGUCGGUGCUGCCGGGUGAGGCGUGGGGCGAUGGUGUGGGGCUGGAGAGACCGGGAGAGCCAGAGCUCACCGACACCUUGCCGUCACCGAGCCGGCAGCGUCCUGGGAUCUUGGCAUUACCUUACCGAGUGAUGCUGAACGCAGAGAGCCCCGGGAUGGCUUCGUGUGCUGCUUGGUGGCGUUCACUCUCUCAGGUUCGCUCUGGUGUCCCAGCAUCGUUGUGUGGCAAAAGCUGGGGUCCCUCUGUAACCGGGAACCCCCCGGUGCCUGCAGGCGAAUCGGAGCCCCCAGCGCCUUUGCCGGAGGGUGAUUGGGACAUAGGAAAAGGAACAGGAAAGCAGUUGGCCCGGCUGUCGCAACCCUUGCCGGUUGCCGCUCUCGCACUUCAGCCGGAGCUGUGCUGCCUCCAAACGGCACGGAGAGGCUGUGGGAUCACAGGUGGGAUGGAGGGAGGCACCCUCAGAUUCCCUGCAGCACCGGUCGAUCCAUGUCUUGCCGCCAGCACAGCCCUUGGCCGGGGAAAUCUCUGCCAGGGGAGUGGAUUUAUCCCGGCUGGUUCUGCCGGCACGUGCCGCUUCCCACCAUGGAUCCUGCCAUGGAUGCCGGUGGGUUGGUGGGAAUACUCUGUUGUCUCGGGGUUCUGUGGAUCUUCCGGGGCUCAGAAACUGCGCCUCAUUCUCGAGAAGGUGGAUUUGAGUGCUUGUGUCUUACGGAAUCCCGAGAGGAGCCCCGGCACGGGUGGGAUUCACGGCGGUACUUUUGGGGUUCGUGUCCUGAAGCGGCUUCUAGGCUGGAGAAUUGGCUCCAUCCGGGAUCUUGGGGUUCUGCAAGGGACAGAGCCAGGCUGCCGUGCUCAGGGCCGGCUCCGGACAGGCCAUCGCUCCGAGCCUGCGGAAGCGCCUGCCCUGGCAGAGGAGCAGCCUUGGGCAGGGCUGUGGCGCUGCCGGCACCGGGAAUUCUGCUCCAAAUACUUCAAAUACUUGGAAAAUCUUCAGCCCUGCCUCUGAGCUGUGAGCGCAGCGCUGGGCAGGAGCCGUCCCAAGCCGCGUCUGUGCCUGCCUUUGUCCCGCACGAGCUCUCCCAAUGUUUUUUUGGGAUCUAAGCAUGGAGAAUUGACAGGAGUCCGGCGGCCGAGGCUGCUUCCAACACUAGUGCCGAGCCGGCCUUGUCCCAGGCAGUGCCGGAGAGGGGAAGCAGCGUCCAGGCAGGCAUCGUGCCGAGGAGUUGGUGUUCCCAGGGCUUUGCUAUGCUGUGGCGGAGAUGAGGGUGAUCCCGCUUCUCCUGGAGGGGUCUGGGAAUGGCUGGGAUCUGUGCUGGGUGGGCGCUGCGGUUUCCAGCCAAGCUUGUCCAGCUUUAACCUUGCUCGUGGCUGCAGGCAGACGGGAAAGAGGAACCGGGAAUGGACGGCUUUGCGCGUGCUGCCUCUGCGAUCCCUGUCCCGUUGCCUGCCUGGCUCUGCCGGUGCAGAUAAAUCCCUGCUGUGGCCCCGCAACCUCGGGAUUGGGACCUUACAAGGGACUCACUCCCAAGGGAAAACCCAAAUCAUAGAAUCAUCGAAUAGUUUGGGUUGGAAGGGACCUUAAAGAUCAUC